GCCAGCCUGUACACAGCUGUACCCACAGCACAGCAAACCCUUCCCCCCACCCUCACACCAGCCUGUUCGCAACUAAUACCCCUCUGUCUCUCUCUCCUUCCCUCUUCUCUUUCCUCCAGCACCACCACUAUGAUGCUAUUUGCUUCUGCAGCAUCAAUGGCGGUAACCCAGCUCGCCAAUGCCGCCUCUGAACCAUCUUCCUGUUCCUCGUCUCCCCUUCUCCUAAUCCUUCUUCCUCUCUUCCGCCGCCCCCUUUAAUCCCCAGUUCUCCCCCUUCCCACCACUCAGGUGAACUGAAUUAGAGACCAAUCAGCCCUUCUCUCUCUUUCUUUUUUCCCUUCCCAUGGAUCCCUGCCCUUUCGUCCGACUCACAGUCGGCAACCUAGCCCUCAAAAUCCCUGUCGCUUCUAAACCGGCUCGCUCCGUAGUCCACCCUUCCUCCUCCCCUUGCUUCUGCAAAAUCAAACUCAAGAACUUCCCCUUCCAGACCGCCGUCGUCCCUUACAUUCCCGCCGACAACGCUCAGUUCCCCGACGGCCAGCCUUUCGCCCACGCCGCCACUUUCCACCUCAGCAAGUCUGAUCUCGACCGCCUUCUCGGGAAAUCACUCUUCGCCGGGAAGCUGCAACAGCUUCAAAUCUCCAUCUACACUGGCCGCCGCGGCACCACCUGUGGGCUCAGCUCGGGGAAGCUUCUGGGAAAAGUCUCCGUUCCUCUCGACAUCGCCGGUUCUGAGACCAAGCCAUCCGUGUUCCACAACGGCUGGAUAUCGGUCGGUAAAGAGGCUAGCAAAGGAUCCUCUGCUCAGUUUCAUAUGAAUGUUAAGGCGGAGCCGGACCCUAGGUUCGUGUUUCAGUUCGACGGCGAGCCCGAAUGUAGCCCGCAAGUGUUUCAGAUCCAGGGGAGUAUCCGGCAGCCGGUUUUCACCUGCAAGUUCACCUUCAGAAGCGCUGGUGACCGGAAUCAGAGAUCCAGAUCGUUACAAUCGGAGCCGAGCAGCGGCUGGAGAUUCCCGGGCGGAUUCGGCAGCCAGAGGGAGCGUUCAAUUAGUGAACGGAAAGGUUGGUCAGUGACAGUACACGACCUUUCGGGAUCACCGGUGGCCGCAGCUUCAAUGGUGACUCCUUUUGUGCCCUCGCCCGGGUCCGACCGGGUGAGCCGGUCGAACCCCGGGUCGUGGCUUAUCCUCCGUCCGGGGGAGGGAACCUGGAAGCCGUGGGGCCGACUCGAGGCGUGGCGCGAGCGCGGGGCCUCUGAGGGGUUAGGUUACCGGUUCGAGCUGAUCCCGGACACGAGCGGCGGGAUGAGCGCCGCCGGGAUCGUGCUGGCGGAAUCGACGCUGAGCAGCAACAGAGGAGGGAAGUUCGUGAUCGACCUGGGAAGCAGCAGCGGGAGUGGCAAGUCGACGCCGAACUCGCCGGCGUGCAGCCCGCGGAGCAGCGGCGACUACGGGUACGGGCUGUGGCCGUACAGCGCGUAUCGAGGGUUCGUGAUGGGGAGCAGCGUGGAAGGGGAAGGGAAGUGCAGCAAGCCCAGCGUGGAGGUGAGCGUGCAGCACGUGAACUGCACGGAGGACGCAGCCGCCUUCGUCGCCCUGGCGGCGGCCGUGGAUCUGAGCAUGGACGCCUGCCGGCUAUUCUCCCAGAAGCUGAGGAAGGAGCUGCUUCCGCCGGACCAUAACUCGCCGGCUUGAGUGUUUCCGUGUCGCUGUAAUUUAAUUUUGAAUGUGGUUGGAUGGAUUUUUAAUUCCAUCUCAGCGACAGGAUAAUCUUUUUUUUUUUGGGUUUUUGUGGUAAUUUUGCUGGUUUGUUAAUUGCUGGAGGAGGGAGUCAGUCAACUAACCAGGUAUUAGGGUGUGUACAGAAGAAGAAGAGGACGGGGGAAGUAAGUGGGUGGAUUUAGUGUAGACUAGACAGGCACGCCUUGUGUUUUUUUUUUUUUAACGUGUGGCUGGCUUGGCUUGGUGGUUUGUGUGGUAGUUUCUUCUACCUGAUUUUUCCUUCACUAACUAGAGCUUGAUUAAGAAAAAUAACUAGCACUUGGUUAGAGUGUAAUUGCGAUGGUUUUGUUGAUCUAUAUUUUCAAUUUUUAUUCACGGCAAUAAGUAAAAAAAUCCAAGUGAGUGUGUUAAGAAAUGUAGGUCCCGGUG